UUCGAUUAUAUCUGAAUACAAUUGUUCAUCUGCAAACACCACAAUGUCUGACGAAAAGCGCAUUGAUCAGGGCACUUCCCCUGCCGAAAGCACCACUGACAGUGGCAUCGAUGACUACCCGACAUCUGCUCCCCAACUCGGAUCGGUUGAACCGCAUGUCUUCAGUGACCCUGUUCGCUGCCAGCACUGGCAAGACAUCUACGAAACGGCGAAAUACGAAGGUAGAGCCAGGUUUGACCCAAAUCUUACCUGGUCGCCUCAGAGUGAACGUCUACUUAAAAGGAAGUUGGACUGGCGUAUAAUGGCUUGGGUUUGGAUUAUGUUUUCAAGCAUGGAUCUUGUGAGACGUAACAUUAACCGUGCGGUUUCUGAUAACAUGCUCGAUGAUAUUGGUGUCAACACCAACGACUACAAUACUGGCCAGACCAUCUACCUUGUCUGCUUUCUCAUCGCCGAACUCCCUGGUGGCCUAAUAAGCAAGAAGGUUGGACCCUUCCGCUACACGCCAGCAAUCAUCGUGACCUGGGGUGUUCUUUGCGCUGCCCAGGCUGCUAUCAACAAUCGUGCUAGCUUCUGGGCUUUCCGUGCACUCCUAGGCUUCGUACAGGGUGGUUUCAUUCCUGAAAUGGUUCUUUACCUAUCAUACUUCUACAAGAGCAAUGAACUUCCGUUCAGGUUGUCCAUCUUUUAUACCGUCAUUCCAUUGACGCAGUCCUAUGGUGCUAUCCUGGCUGCCGGUCUUUUGGCGAUGCGUGGUAUUCGAGGCUGGGGUGGCUGGCAAUGGCUGUUCCUUGUCGAGGGUCUCAUUGCAGUCGUAAUUGGCAUCGUAUCCUUCUUCGUCAUGCCCGCUUCGGUCACUGAGGGUGCUGCUGCAUUCAAGCGCCCCGAUGGUAGCAACAAAUGGUGGACUCUGGAAGAGGAGAAGAUCCUUGUGAAUCGCAUCCUCCGCGACGAUCCUACAAAAGGCGACAUGAACAAUCGACAGGCUGUUUCCUUGAAGGGUAUGUGGGUCGCAUUGACAAAUGUUGACUUGUGGCCCAUCUUCUUCGUUGGUUUGUGGGCAUGGAUUCCAUUCCAACCCUGCGCCAACUACCUCUCAUUGAUCCUCCGAAACAUGGGGUACAGCGUCUUUGAAGCCAACAUGCUGGCUAUACCCGGUUACAUGCUCUUCGCCAUCAACGUUCUAGCUUGUGGCUGGCUGUCUGAAAAGCUCAAUGAACGUAGCCUUAUUGCCUCCAUCAGUAACAUCUGGAUGUUGCCAUUCUUCAUCGCGCUCGUCUGCAUACCGGACAGUUCUAGCCCCUGGAUUCGUUACACCUUGCUGACAGGUAUUGCUGGUAUCCCAUAUACACACUCCAUCCUAGUCGGCAUGACUUCUCGUAACGCGCGUAACGUGGGAACACGGGCGGUUAGCACUGCCGUCUACAAUAUGACCUACCAAGUGGGUUCCAUCAUUGCAGUCAACAUCUAUCGUGAGGAGGACAAGCCGUACUAUCAUAAGGGCAACAGAGCGCUUCUUGGCCUUUGCGCCGCCAACAUUGUGCUGUUCUGGCUGAUGAAAGCAUUCUAUGUUUGGCGCAAUAAGGUCAAGUCCAGACAGCUGGAGGAAAUGUCCGUCGAGGAGCGAAAGCACACUAUCGAUACGCGUUUUGCUCAUUAG